CAGUAACGAAGCCUCGUCUCCUCUAUUUAUCGCUUUAGAUAACGCUCCAUUUCUCAUCUGUGUAUAGGUGUCAUAAGCUCACCAACUUGUAACGACAUAAACGACCUUCCUUUCCCAAAACAAGGCAAAUUUCAUCACUCGAAUAUAUCUUUAAUGCUACUUUGCCCUGUUUCUUUCAUCACAAUUUCUCUUCUUUUCUCCCCAUGACCUUGCUUUGAAUUCUCUUUCUAGCUUGAAGGGAGUAGCCUCCUCUGUUUUUCUUGACCAUAUCUCUCUUUUUUGGAGCAAACCCAUUUUUUGUAUUACUUUCUUGAACUUUUUUCUUUGCCUUUUCCUUGCUAGCUUUCAUUUUUCGACAAGAUUUCUCUAAAGUCCAUCCAUUCUGCACCAGGAGUUUCAAUUUUGGCCGAGGCUAGUUUUAUCAAUAAUCUUGAACCGACACUGGGGCAAGUAGUUUUUUUUAUCAUCAAACUAAAAUAAGAAUUGAAGUAGUGAAUCAAAUUGCAAUCAUGAAUCCAUAUCUAACAGUGAAGCAAGAGUACCCAGGAUCAAGUUUAUUGCCUCUGUCCAGCGGUGAUGAGCCGCCAACAAUGAUGCUCCCACCACAGCCGAUGGAAGGUUUACAUGAUACAGGACCACCGCCAUUCCUGACCAAGACUUUUGACAUGGUGGAUGACCCAAUGACCAAUCACAUAGUUUCUUGGAGCAGAGGAGGGUUUAGCUUUGUUGUUUGGGAUCCUCAUUCUUUCUCCUCAAAUCUCCUUCCUAGAUACUUCAAGCAUAAUACUUUCUCCAGCUUUGUCAGGCAGCUCAAUACUUAUGGCUUUAGAAAGAUUGAUCCAGAUAGAUGGGAGUUUGCCAAUGAAGGAUUUCUGAGGGGUCAAAAGCAGCUUCUAAGGAAUAUAAAGAGAAGAAAGGCAGCUUCUCAGCCUCUUUCUCAACAGCAAGCUCCAGAUGCCUGUGUUGAAGUUAGCCGUUUUGGAUUAGAUGGAGAAAUCGAUCUCUUGAAACGUGACAGGCAGGUUUUGAUGAUGGAAUUAGCGAAGCUUAGACAGCAGCAACAGAAAGCUAGAUCUUAUAUACAAGCUAUGGAGCAAAGGCUACAAUGGACAGAACAAAAGCAGCAGCAGAUGAUGCAAUUCUUAGCUCGAGCAAUGCAAAAUCCUGCUUUUCUACUGCAGUUAGUCCAACUGAAAGGGAAAAGGAAAGAACUUGAGGAAGCAAUGACUAAAAAGAGAAGAAUUCCUGUUGAUCAAAGACCUGGUCGAAGUGGUGGUGGUGAAUCAAACCGUAUUGAUGAAAGUGCAAACCCCAUCAAGGCAGAGGCUUUAGAGUAUGGAGACUACGGAUUUGAAGUGUCAGAGCUGGAGGCACUUGCAUUGGAAAUGCAAGGGUAUGGCAGGGCAAGGAGAGAGCAAGAGGAUGGAGUAGAGGUGCUAGAGCCACUAGAAAGCGGAGAUAGAGAACUUGACGAGGGAUUUUGGGAAGAACUGUUAAAUGAGAGUGCUGGAGGAGGUGAUGAUGAGGAUGUGAAUACAUUAGCUGAGCGCUUGGGUUAUUUGCGUUCAAGUCCUAAGUACAGAAAUUGAACAAUUUUCCGCAUUGCUAACCACCACCACCACCACUUAAUUCCCCCAAUGAUCAUUUCAUUGCGGUAGCAGGUUUCCAUGGUCAUAUUGUUAGUUGAUAGUCUUUUUUGCUGCAAUGGGUCCUUUCAAAAGUCAUUAGGCUAUAAUCUUCACCUGCGUCUCUUUCUGGUGUUUCUAACCCUUGUGUUUUGUCAAUUCCUCCGUUUUGCACAUCUUGUCUUCUUGUUUUUCUCCAUCUUGGUUAGGUUGCAGCAGUGCUUGGACAGAGUCUGGUAGUCCUUAUCAUGAUUUGUCUCAAAGACUGGUGAGAUGCUGUUGAAUGGACAAGGGGUGGCUGCAAGUUGCAAGAAGCCACAACUAGUUGCUUUUGGAUUCAGACAACCGACUACGUAGUUAACUGCGUCGGCUUGAUUUUUUCUUUUUCUUGAUCUGUCUCUUCUUUAAUGCAAGGGAAAGGGAGAUUUGGUCGGUGAUGAAAUUCUUGAAGUUGCUUCUGUACCAUAUGUGGAUUUUUUUCAUGGCUCUGCAAUUUGGCUCUUGAUUUUUCAUCUUCAUUGCCCGCGGGGCUCCAAAGGUCGAAGAUGCAUCGCAUUGAUUUCGUGACCAAUAACCAACAAAUGCGCUAAUGGUGACAUUUUGUGGCGGAUCGUGGUGCUGUCCUCGAAAUGGUGAUGAAGAGCAGUCGCUUUCGGAAAACCAAAACGAUCGAUCUUCAUGGGCAGCUGCCCUCCUGUACGAUGAGCUCUUAAUGUAUCUGACUUGUCGUUGCAUGAACCAUGUGAACUUUGCCUAAAAACACGAAAUUGAAGGAAGGAAAAGGACUGCUUAAAAUA